CUUUAUAUGAGCCAGCCUGCCUCUGACCUCGGCAGCAACCCUGUAACGUCAGUCUAGUGCAGUUUUUACUCAUUUGUCUGCUUUUCACGGGCUCGUCCGAGGAACGGCGUCGAGCAACACUUUCCCCCGCAUUUUCUCCAAGUUCCCCUUUGAGACUCCUGCCGGACUGUAGUUGAACGUGCUGUUUGACUGACAAAUCACCAAUACAUCCCCUGCGAGUUUACGGACUAUAACUGUCCCCCAGCAACACUCCAGACUCUGCACAUCACGGGGAAAGGCAAGCGUCGGCACUUCAGAACGUUUUUCUCUCGAAGAGGAAGCAGUUAAGACCAGGAAGAACAUAGCUUGAAGGUCGAAAACCCAUGGGAACAGGAAAACAACUCCUCUCUAAAGCAGAGCCUCGCAAAAACAAAACCAAAGACAAAAACCAGAAAAAUGAAACUCCCCUUUGCAACCCUGGACGUCUUCACGUCGACCCGUAUGCAGGGCAACCCGCUCGCCGUCGUCACCGUCCCGCGGCACCUGCGCGACAAGCUGGCGCAGGCCGACAAGCAGCGCAUCGCGAGGGAGUUCAAUCUCAGCGAGACGGUGUUCCUGCACGAGGCCGGCGGCGGUGGGGACGACGACGCGGAAGGGACAGCAGCAGCAGCAGAAGAUGGAGCUGGUUCUUCUCCCGGCAGCCGGGGGAGGAGGAGGAUCGUGGACAUCUUCACUGUCGACCGCGAGAUCCCGUUUGCGGGGCAUCCGACGAUCGGGACGGCGGUGUGGUGCUUAUUCCACGAGGAUGGGAAGUAUAGCGGAUCUUCUGCUGCUGCUGCUGCAGACGGAGGAGGAGUACCGGCGCUCGAUGCGUUGAUCACCAAGGCUGGGCCGAUUGGCAUCACCACUUCUUCUUCGACUUCCUCCUCUGGCAGAAGUGUUGCCAGCGGCGCCGAGCUCGGUGGUGAGAGCACGGCCGGGCAGUUUGUCAGCGCGAGCAUCCCGCACAACGUCCACAUCCACGAGCACACGCUCGCCGAUAUCCUGAACAUCUCCUCGCCGCCAAGCAACGACGGCCGCGUGCCCGAGGUCGAGGGCCUAUCAGCAGACCCGGCGAUCCGGGCCGCCGAGCUGGCGGCCCCCGUGGUCAGCAUUGUCAACGGCAUGACGUUUCUGCUGGUCAAGCUGAGCAGCCUGGAGGCGCUCGGUCGUGUGGCGAUCUCUGCGCUGGACUAUGCCAAGUUGAGCCCCUCUGCUGCUGGAGAGAAGAAGUUCUUGCUGGAUGAAGGGUGGAGAGAUAGCCUCGUCGCGAGGUAUUACUACGUCGAUGUCCCGGCGAAUGGGAACCAGGCAGGGGUGGGGAAGGAGGAAGACGUGCGACACCUCAGGACGCGCAUGAUCGAGUUCAACAUGGAGGAUCCGGCUACAGGCAGCGCGGCGAGUGCGCUGGCUUGCUACCUGACGCUUGCAGGCGGCACAGGAAAGAAAUUUGUCAUGACCCAAGGCGUCGAGAUGGGUAGAAAGAGCGUGAUCAGCAUCGAGACGACGACGAAGGGCGCCAGCGGAGACGGCGGAAAGGUCGAGAUCGGCGAGGUGCAUCUGGGAGGCACGGCGGUUGUGGUCAUGAAGGGCGUCUUGACUAUCUGAACCUCAUGCGAAAGACGUAGCUGCGGAAUACCACGGAGAUGCUCACAAAACAGCUUAAAACAACGCAUGGCACAAAUUCAGUCAUUUUAGAGCUUUCUAGCAUAUGACGUUUCCACACGAUUGGUGAACACCAAAGCCUAGUCAUUCUACAGCCCCUCUGGCAGCAAUGACGACACGGAUGGAUCAGACGAGA